GAACGAAACCACUCGAUUUCAACUUUCUUUUGCAAAAUUAACUGCUCAUCAGAUAUGAUAAUGUAAAUUAGUUGCCCAAUAUCGUGGUCAGUGUUCGUCGCUACACGUUUAUUGUGUCACAAUGGGCGACAGUAGCGAUUCAGACGAGUUCUAUGAUGCCGAGUUCAUACCCAUCGAUGGUUCCAAUUUAAAAGAUACAACAGAUUCGGCAGAAAAGAAUCCAAGACAAAAUAAUGCAGCAGUAAAAUCAGAUGCACCGUCGCUAACUGUGUGUGGUUCGAGCACAGACAAUUCUACAGUUGAUGAUGACAGAACCACAGUUAAAAGUGUAGUACAGGGCCGCAAACGAUUUCAAGAGUUACGCAGAUGUAUGCAGACAGAAGAUGACGACGAGGAUGUCACAGAUGCCGUCAGUUCAAUUGACCAUCAAGCAUUUGCCAUGGAACGGCCAUUCAAGAUCAUAGCACACGAUACUAUGAGCUUGCAAAGUAUGACGUCACUAGGAAGGAUUGGAAAGAUACUGAGUGGGGCUGCAGAAUCGCAUCCAAAUCUACGAGACCCGGUCCCAUCAGUGUCGACCCCGUCCAGAGAACCGUCUACCACAUCCGACGACCCGCUGCCCACAGAUAAUAGAAGUCUGAACGCGUUAGCGACGGCGGAGCCCGACGUGAUAGCGAGUACGAAGGCGAAUAGCUUGAAGCAUAACCGCGGCGCUGGCGCCAUCGUCGCCAUGUCGGGCUCCCGCGCCGCCAGCGCAGCCCCCGCGGGCGCCGCCUCCGGCCCCGUCGCGCCCCCGCGCAAGAAAAAACGCAAUAAACUACACGGCUCGCAGUCACUGUCCAUAGCGGAUAGUGACAACCUGAGUGUGUGCACCACAGACACGGACGAGUACCGGUACGUGAGGCGAGCUACCAUAGACAAGCCGCAACUCGACUCGCUACUAGUGGAGCCGUCUGUAUCGAAUUCGUUAAACCAAACAAUGUCAUUACCAAGUCCGGCCAGCACAAUAGAAUCACUCACAAGGGAAUUCCAAGAUUCACUCGAGUUGUCACAAUCCAAAUAUGCCCUAGAGCAGGCUUCGUCAGCUCACGAGCACAAUAGUCCGGGCUCGCGGCGUCCAACUACGCACCGUACAGACUCCGCCCUCGACGCACAAGAUGCAGCUAAAGGGAAUGAAAUCCGGGAAGAAGAAAGAAGUCGCGGCUCGAUACGAACUCACAGCGAAGGAAGGUCCUCGCAUUCCAGCCUUGGGAAUACGCACAGACGCGGCACGCUGGAGCGCGGCGGCUGUGGCGGCGGUGGUGGCGGUGGUAGCGGUGGUGUGGGUGGUGGCUCCCGUCGUCGGUCCGCAGGAGACUCCCCCGCCCUGGGGCUGUCACUACGGACGCGCACCACGUCCGGACACCAGCUCUCGGACAUCGAGAUCCUCGAGCAGGUCACCGUGCUCAACCUCGACACCGGAGAGCGUGUACCUCUGAGUGUAGCAGAACACAAGUUACCGCAGUGUAUAAACCCAUUGAGCCUUCACAUCAUGCGGCUCACGUCGGAGUAUAUAGGACGCGCUAACGACGACGACAACGCCAGGGAGACAGACGAGGAGAGUGAGAGCGUAUCCGCUGGCGGCGCGGAAGGAGAGACAAAAGAAGCGAAGCGAGAGGCCGACCGGCAGACUACAGGAAUACGUAGAAAAACUGACAAGUUGAAGAGGUUCUUCGGCAGCACGAUGAAGAAGACAGUUGAAGCAGCUAGGUCUUUAGCACAAGAGGUCCAUGCCCGCCACAAGGAGGACGUGGCCGAGAUUGCUGAUGAUGUACGCGGGGAGCAUAAUAUCAAACUUAAGGCUUCUAAUUCGCAUAAGGGGCCUUAUGACUUUGAAGGAUGCGUCCGGCACGUGCAGGAGAUGGGAAGCGGCCACGAGGGCGCGGUGUGGUGCUGCAAGUUCAGCGUGUGCGGGAGACUGCUGGCCACCGCCGGCCAGGACCGCCUGCUGCGGGUGUGGGUCACCAGGGACGCGUACACCAUGUUCCAGGAAAUGAGAACAAAAUACAACACGGAGCAGAAAUCAUCCCCCACACCAUCCCAGGAGUCGCUCGCAACCCUCGGCGCUACAGCCAGCAGUACAAGCACAGAGAACCUACCCCCAUCUGCACCCUUCCACCCUCGACCGUUCUGCGUAUACGCAGGACACACGUCCGAUCUUCUCGACGUCUCCUGGUCUAAGAACUACUUCAUACUGUCCUCAUCUAUGGAUAAGACAGUCAGAUUAUGGCAUAUAUGCAGAGGGGAAUGCCUUUGCUGCUUCCAGCAUAUCGAUUUUGUGACAGCCAUCGUGUUCCAUCCGAGAGAUGACAGGUUCUUCCUGUCAGGCAGUUUGGAUGGCAAGCUUAGGUUAUGGGACAUACCAGAUAAGAAGGUGGCAGUAUGGAAUGAGGUGGACGGCAAAACGAAACUAAUAACUGCGGCAAACUUCUGCCAGAACGGCAAAUACGCAGUCGUCGGAACGUACGACGGCCGCUGCAUAUUCUACACGACGGACCAACUAAAAUACUACACGCAGAUCGACGUGCGAUCCACCAGAGGGAAGAACGCGACCGGCCGCAAAAUAAGCGGCAUCGAACCCAUGCCCAACGAUGACAAAAUACUUAUAACCUCCAACGACAGCCGGAUAAGACUGUACGGGUUACAAGAGUCGAUUCUGUCCUGCAAAUACAAAGGUUACGUCAACGUUUCUAGUCAGAUCAAAGCGUCGUUCUCACACGACGGGAAGUACAUAGUGAGUGGAUCAGAAAACCAAUGUAUAUAUAUAUGGAAGACGUACCAUGAUUAUUCCAAGUUUACAUCAGUGAGGAGGGAUAGGAAUGACUUCUGGGAGGGGAUUAAGGCGCAUAAUGCGGUUGUGACGUGUGCAGUGUUCGCGCCUAAUCCUGAUCAUAUGAUUCGAAUGAUCGGUGAAAGGGAACAGGAAGCCAGGCUGGCUAGAGGGGAAGAGGUCAAAGAUGAGGAGGAAGUGAAGGGUGCAGAAGGUGGUAUGGUGUCGUCAUCGCAGACAGGGCACGUGCUCGUGAGUGCGGACUUCAACGGAUGCAUCAAGGUGUUCGUGCACAAAGCCAAGCCCAAGCACAGCUCGCUCCCGGCUUCAGCGCUAGCGUAACGCCAACAAUCACACGGUAAUUAAUUGUUCUAAUUAAGAAAUGUAUGUAAAUAAAUUUAUUUAAACAUGUUUAUUUGUAUAUUAAUUGUUUAUUUAUACAGGGUUAUAAGUAAUUGGUGUACUGAGUAGAAAGGCAGGGAGUAUAGUCACAAAACUGAAUUAUUACCUUUAGAAACAAUGUGGAAAUAUAGAUAGUUAAUUUUAGUAGUAAAUUUACAACGUGAGUGGCCAGUUUGUUACUUAUAGAAAUUAAUUUUUAAAAGUCGCCAUUAUGUCAUUUUUACAUAUCUUCUAUUUUGUUUUUUUUUUUCAUUUGCCACUUAGCUUCUUUUUUAUCUUUCAUUUAUCCACUUUGCUUGUUUGGGAAUAUUAUUCAGUUUC